CUCAGGAAGGAGGACGUUUAGAUCCAGAGGAACAUCAGCGCCUUACCUGACCAUGGCAACGAGGAUCGAAUUGCACCGAUACGAAAAAAUGAACUAUUAAUUUUGUCCUAAGGCUACCUAAAUACCAAUCGUAUCAGAACUCAUGGUUGUGCCGAUAUCUAUUAUGCGUCAUAUUAUAUGAUUAGAUGAUUUGGGUGCGAGAAAUGAACUUAACUACCAUACUAUAUUGCAUUUCAACUACUAUAUUGCAACGGGUGAUUAUUGUGGUGACUAAAAAUUUUGAAGCAAGAGCUGUUUGUAGAGUAAAUUUGAAAACUAUAUUUAGUUCUAAAAUAUGACUACAGACCAUCAAUGAUAGCGAAAAAAUGCAUCAAUCAAAUAAAAGUAACAAGACGAUAACUGGGAUGAGAGUUUCAUAAGCUUGUUAUAUAGCCAGUUUUUUUUUUGUUAGCAAACCGCAUACAAGUUUUUGUAUACCGUAACAAACAUGACUCGCCACAUGACAAGAUAUAAUCGCAACCAGUCUUAACUUGCCGCUGCUCAAAUUUGUACAUGUCCGCCCUAGUGAACGAUGCCUUCGACAAAUAUCUGCCUUCAUGCCUCACUCAAAUAUCUCUGACUUGAUCAAUAGAACGCUGCCUAAAACAUCUAUCGUAGACCUCAGUAUUAUUGCUAUGCAACUCUUGGUAAUGAGUGUAAAUAGUUAAAAGUUAAUUACAGUAUAGCGAACGGGUCUUCGAAAUAUGACGUGAAGUAGAAAAGAUUAGAUCGUUGAUCAUUUUCUAAAAAUAAAAUUAAGUGCAGACGAUGAGUGACAAUAACGUGGCUUAAGAUACGACUUUUAUAAUGGUACAGGACAGACCGAAACCUCGUUUUUUUCCAUUUUCUGAUGUAUGAUUUGGUCAUCGAAUUGAUUAAGUAAUUUCAAAAACACAAACCUUACAACAACAUUCUGUGCGGAGUUUUUCAGUAAUUUUACUGUGGAAACCAGUCUGGAAGCGCUGCUAAAGCUUAAUCCAGCCGGUGCGCAAGCUGAAGCCUAGCCCAGCCGGUGCGCAAGCUGAAGCCUAACCCAGCCGGUGCGCAAGCUAAAAUUUACUAUCGACGAUGGUCGUGGAAAUUUUGAGGGCGGUACCCACGCAGAUGGUGCUUGCGUCGUUGAUGCCUUUAGUGCGGAUACUUCUGACGGCGAUGGUCGAAGAGGCACAGCAGGCCACCAAGGACUACGACAGACCUGAACAAUUCCUGGAGAAAUAUGACUUCAUCAUUGUAGGGGCCGGGUCGGCGGGCAGCGUUCUGGCGGCGAGACUGGCGGAGGUCAGCUGGUGGAAGGUGCUGGUGCUGGAGGCCGGAGCUCCACCCGCCCCUGAGACCUUCGUGCCCGGCCUCGUCGCCCUCGGCAACGUCCGGGGAAAUAACAACUGGGACUACCUCACCGAGCCUCAACCCCACGGCCUCAGGAACUUCUUCGAGCAGCGGGCGGUGAUCCCCCAAGGGAAGGUGGUGGGCGGGUGUUCGACCACAGGCGGGAUGGUGUACGAACGAGGCUCCAAGCAGGAUUACGAUCACUGGGCCGACCUCGGCAACACUGACUGGGACUACGACAGCGUUCUCUACUACUUCAAGAAGGCGGAGGAUUUCUUAGGUGGUGAUAUGGGAGCUACAGAGAAGUUCCAUGGUCAUGGGGGACCCAUGGCAGUGACUCCAGGACCCAGUACCAAUCAACUUUCCAACGCAUUCUUCCAGGCAGGACAAGACCUCGGCUACAGCAACAUCGAUCCUAAUGGCCCCGAUCUACUAGGCUUUUCAAAACCGUACUACAAUAUCAAGAACGGUUUAAGGUCGUCAUCAGCCGAGGCGUACUUAAGACCUGCAGCCUCGUGGGAUAACCUUCACAUCCUGCACACUGCCAACGUUAUCAAGAUCGAGUUUAAUGAAGAUAAAAAAGCCACUGGUGUGAUUUUUGAAUAUCAGGGAGAGAACUACAUAGCCGAGGCAGAACGUGAGGUGAUAGUGAGCGCGGGGUCGCUGGCUUCACCAAAGCUGCUCAUGCUGUCGGGCGUGGGACCCUCUGACCACCUGCAACACCACCAGGUGAAGGUGGUGGCAGAUGUAGCAGGAGUGGGUCAGAACCUGCAGGACCACCUGGGGGUGUACGGACUGGCCUGGACCCUGCCCUCCGACACAGUCCUCCCGAGUCUCUUCAACUCCAGCGCCAUCAACGAGUACAUGUCGGAACGAAAAGGGCCAUACUCUGCACCUGUGGGUGACUACGGCAGCGCCUGGGCCAAGGUGACUGACGACGGGGCCAAGAACUACCCUGAUGUCAAGGUUUUCCUGUCUCCUGCUUCCUUCCAUGCCGACCAGGGACUCUUCGUCCCGUACAUCUAUGGCAUGGAUCAAGCGAGAUAUCUCAAUUACUACACGCCAAUUUUGGGAAUGAAAGGCUUUACGAUGAUGGUGUCUCUCCUACAUCCCAAGAGUCGUGGCUCACUCUCGCUGAGUUCAAACAACCCGAAAGACAACCCAAUUAUUGAUCCCCAGUUCCUCAGUGACGAUGACGACCUGAAGACAUUGGCCAAGGGGAUAAAAUUUGCCGUGAAAAUUGGCGAAACUCCAGCCCUUAAGAACCAUGGAGCUAAAUUCCACAGUAAGAAAGUGCCUGGUUGUACUGCCUAUAAAGAAGAAGAUGAUGUGUACUGGGAGUGUUUCGUGCAGCACAUGGCCUCUUCUUACUGGCACAGCGCUGGUACCUGCAAGAUGGGCCCGCAGAGUGACCCACUUUCUGUUGUCGAUCAAAGACUCAGGCAAGAAAAUUACUUUCACCUCUUAAAAUCCACGUUAUUAUACUACUUGAUAAAUAUGAUUGUAUUGUAAUACAUUACUAGUAGAUACUUUGUUUUUGUUUUUAAUGAAGACAAUGCUUGUUUUAUUUUAGAAAGGCUUAGAAAUGUAUUAAAAAAAUACUGGUACCUUUUAAAUGAUAUAUAAUUGCGGUAAUAAUGUUCAUUUUUAUCAUCGUAAAUGUGGUGGUGACUUGUGAUGAUCUACACUAUUCUUGGUGGCGACCUAUAAUGAUCUACAGUUCUACACUAUUCUUAGUGGUGACAUAAUGAUCUACACUAUUCUUGGUUGUGACCUAUAAUGAUCUACACUAUUCUAGGGUUUAUGGAGUGACAGGCUUGCGAGUGGUGGACGCCUCUAUCAUGCCCCUCAUCAUCUCUGGCAGCCCCAAUGCUGCCACCAUCAUGAUUGCCGAGAAAGCUGGUGACCUUAUCAAAGAGGACUGGAACCCUGAAGGGGAACUCUAAUGGAUUCUUUUCAGAAACAAUUAACUUAUAAUAAAUAUGUAAUUACAA